UGGCUAACUAGAGUAUUUUUAAAAAAACGUUGUGUCGUAGUUGGCCUUGAUAAAACUUUUUAAUGUUUAGUUUCAGUUUUCUGGACUUAUAAGCGUUUUUUAUUUUUCGAUAAAAAUUUAAAACUAAAAUUGUUCCAGUAAACGCUUAGUUGGGUAUACAGGAGAGAUGGCACUGGAGUAUGGGUUCAAGGCUAGUGAUAUAGUUGAAGAAAACAGGGUUAACUGGAAAGACAUCAAUGAAAUAAAAGACUGGGUAGAGAAACAGAAAAAAACAUUAAUUCCCUCCCUGACCGACGAACAAGUUGUAUCGUUUUUAUUAUCAUGUAAUAACGACUUGGAAGCCACUAAAAUAACUAUCACCGCUUUUUACAAUGCUCGAAAUGAUGGAGCAGUUCUAUUUAACGAUCGCAAUUUAGACAGAAGUGAUAUACAGCUCCAACUAAAAACAGACAUAUUUUGCGUGCUUCCAGUGCGAACCGACGAUAAUUGUGCCAUUAUAUUUCAUAAAUUGUACGACACCAACUAUUCGGCGUAUUUAAUGGAACCGUCAAUGAAACUACUUUUCAUGACCAUAGACGCAGCUAUUCACGAUUAUCCACCUAAAGGACUCGUUAUCCUUUUCGACAUGAAAGGCGUUGGUCUUAUGCAUUUAACUAGAGUAAAGCUGCACUGUAUCCGGAUUUUUUUCCACUAUUUACAAGAAGGUUUACCCGUAAAACUCAGCAGAGUUCAUGUUUUAAAUGCCACGAUUGUAGAUAAAGUUAUGACGAUAAUGAGACCGUUUAUAAAAAAGGAAGUACUGGAAUUGUUAGAAUUUCAUUCAUCGAAUAUGGAUUGGAAUGAUUUUUAUAAUGAAUGUAUACCAAGAAAAUGCCUUCCUAGCGACUAUGGCGGUACGCUACCAUCGGUUGUGGAAUUACAUGAACAAAAUACCAAUAAACUACAAAGUUUAAAAGGCUUCUUUGAAACAGAAGAAAAUCAAAGAUGCAAUAAAAUUUAGUAUAUUUUUUAACAGAGCAUUUUGUUACGUAUGUAUUUGGUUUUGCUAAUAAAGGAUUUCUUAGUUUU